AUGGCGCUGGAAAAUGCGGCAGAAUUAAGCUUAUCGGAUCUGAAACCUUACGUUCGAUCCAUCUGUCCGGAGACAGUUCGAACGGCUGAAGGCAAAAUCCCCCUCACCGUCUCACUGCACAGUGCACUGCAAAGCGUUAGAGAUAAAGAGCACCCAGCUAUGCUGUGGGCGGAUGCAAUCUGCAUUGACCAGGACAAGAAACUCGAAAAGAGUAUUCAAAUACGCUUGAUGCGGACCAUCUUCCAGUCUGCUGAAGGAGUCAUUGCUUGGCUUGGUGAAGAAAUACACAACAGCCACCAGGCUAUUGAGGAACUUUUAAAGAUCAGGGUGAUAUCUUUGAAGCCACAUAUCUGGCCCGAAGGUUUGCCAGCUAUCCCAGUGUCCUGGGGCGGCAGAGACAUUCCUAGCUUGCGCGAUAGUACCUGGAAAGAUAUUGAUCUGUUACUGAGCCGGAAUUGGUUCAGACGCUCCUGGAUUGUCCAAGAGCUUAUUCUUGCCUCAAAUAUUAUGCUGCAAUCAGAGGUGCAAAUCAAUUCAGAUCAAGGCCAUGUCCUCACCCACGGUGAUCCGGCAUAUGCACUUGGACUCACGAGAGAGUCUAGAAUCAAGUUCAAUGACGCUAUAUUUGGCCGUAAAUACCAUUUGCUGGAAUUUCUGGACCUUUUCGCAUAUACACAGGCUUCAGAGGAGCGUGAUAAGAUAUUUGCUUUGCUCGGACUGGCUACAGACUGUUCUGGAGAAGUAUUUGACCCAGACUACGGGUCUCCACUGGAGGAUGUCGUUUGUCGAUACGCCAGCGAGUUUGUGCGCAGAGGACGAGCACUUGAUCUAUUACACAGGGCUGGAACUUCUAAGGCAUACCCCUUCUGUUCGUGGAUCCCGUUCUGGACUCGUGGAAAUUUCCCCCAGGCGGUCUCUUCCUGGCGGGGUAAGAGAGAGGAAAUUUCUCUGCAGGAGGAAAGCUUUGUACUAUCAGUGCGUGGCUUUUCUUUCGACACCAUUUUACGAAUGAACGAUAUAAGAACUGAUAGAAAGGAUAUUGUCUCGUUUGUUAACUCUAUCUACUCUUUGGUGGAGCCAUUGAAGUCCUAUCCCACCGGCGAAUCUCGUCACGAUCUAAAGUGGAAGCUACCCAUCGGUAAUGCAGGUAGACCGUACUUUGAACCGCCAAAUCAAUAUCUCAUUCCUCGGGACAUAAUAGCAGGAGACACCACACUGGGAGACUGGCCGCCUGACUUGGGAAAGAACAUAUCCAUGAUCAGCUCAAAGCAGGAUAUAAUAAACUUCUGCAAGAAGCCCCAUAACCUGCGAGAACUGACAUGGAAUUAUUGGAACACGGCUGCUGCAUUCGCCAAGAGGAUUUCGAAUGGUACAUUUUGCAUAACGAAGAUGGGGUAUGUUGGCAUAGUGCCUGGUGAUUCACGAGUCGGUGAUGAAGUGUGUGUUUUGGGUGGAGCUGCAGUGCCAUUUGUGCUUCGGAAAAACCAAGCAACAGAGGAGGAGACAGAGUACCAACUGAUUGGCGAAGGCUAUAUUCACGGAAUCAUGUGUGGCGAGGCACUUGGCUUCAAACAUACCCCAGAGCUGGAUUUUCAUAUGGUUUAGGCGUCAGGAUGGAGAGAAAGAUUCUCUGCAGCUUCUUCAUAACAAUAGCUUCCUUCAAGCUUUUGAAACUGUG